CCGCCUGGACCGAGCUUGGCACACUGGGCCGCGCUGCCGCGCCGGGAGAGGGCCCUCUCAGUCUCUCAGUGCCGAGUCCCGAGCGCUGGUGUGGAGCGCGGGCUGCUUCGUGUCCUGUGCGAUCCGAGGGCUGCCCCGGCGAGUCCCCAUCCCGGCCGAAAUGCGAUGAAGACGCCAAGUUGUCGCAGCCGAGUCGACUUCUAGCGAGGCUCAGCCUUGGCCGUGUCGACAGCCCUGCGGGAUGUGGUUGCCUGCGAGGUACUUGCUCCUGGCGGCGGCCGCCCUGUGCUGGACCUGCGUGCUCUCCGCGGACAAGAAGGACCUGAGCCAGACGCCGCUGCCGACGCUCGACGUGGUGCCGGGCCUGGGCAGCAUCCAGGGCACCCGCACCCUGUCCUACUGGCGGCGCCGACCCAUCUACCAGUACCAGGGCAUCCCGUACGCCGAGCCCCCCAGCGGCGCCAGGAGGUUCUUGCCCCCUGAGCCCGCCAAGCCAUGGUCCAGCCCACUCAAGGCGACGGCGUUCGGACGGCGGUGCCCCCAGGAGUGGGAGUUCCCCGACAACCAGCCCCCCGUCAGCUACGAGGACCAGUCUGUCGACAUCGAGGACUGCCUCACCCUCAACGUGUACACCCCCGUGAGGCCGUCGACGUGCGGUGGCCGCCUGCUGCCCGUCAUGUUCUACAUCCACGGCGGCUCCUGGCGCGUCGGCACGGCGGAGGACUUCCGGCCGCACUACCUGGUGGACCGGGACGUGGUCCUGGUCGUGAUCCAGUACCGCCUGGGCCCCCUAGGAUUUUUGUCUCUACAGUCGGACUCAGUGCCGGGCAAUGUUGGCCUUCUGGACCAGCUGCUGGCCCUCAAGUGGGUCCACCAGCACAUCCGCCACUUCUGCGGCGACCCGGACAACGUCACCAUCUUCGGCUCCAGCUCCGGCGCGGCCUCCGUCACACUCUUCAUGAUCAGCCCGCUCGUCGGCAACGAGUUGUUCCGGCGCGUCAUCUUCCAGAGCGGGUCGGCGCGCUGCACGUGGCUCAUGGAUGACCGGCCGCUCAACAGCGCGCGCAACAUCGCCUACUACGCCAACUGCACCAACACCUCGGACCUGGACAAGCUGGCGGCCUGCCUGCGCGCCGUGCCGCCGCAGACGCUGCUGGCCGCGCACAACCAGUUCCUGAAACAGGACCUGGCGGACGGCGGCAAGGCCACGGGCGCUGGCGGCAACCACGCCGUGGUGCAGAAGGCCGGCACGCAGCGCUUCCUCGUCGAGAACCCGCGCCUCAGCCUCCGGGAGGGCCGCUUCAAGCGGCUGCCCGUCAUGGGCGGCGUCACCAAGGACGAGGGCUCCGUCUUUCUCGGAAACCUGUACGACUUUUACCUGGAGCCUGACGGCAGGAUGGACGACUACGACUACCUGAAGCACAACUUGACGCAGGUCGCUCUGGAGUUCAGCGGGAUCAACGACGACACGGGGGCGCUCAGCGACGUCUUCAGGAGGAAGUUCUUCUCGGAGAGCGACAUGGGCAACUUCACGCGCAUGACGCCGGGGUUGGUGGACAUGUGUGGCGUGACGCUGCUCAAGGCGUGCACCUUCCGGAUGGUCCAGGAGAACUCGCGGAUCGCGCCCAGCUACCUGUACAGCUUCAACUACAAGGGCCGCCACACCAAGUUCGGCUACGGCUACUCGAUCGAGUACCCCUUCACCGGAGGCGUGGCGCACUCGGACGACCUCAUCUACCUGUUCCCGGACCGCGACCCCAGCGACGACGACGAGAAGACGGCGCGCACCAUGGUGGAGCUGUGGACCAACUUCGCCACCACGGGUGUCCCGGCGCCCGCCUUCCAAGUCCCAAAGUGGCCACCAGUGAGCACCGAGAACGGGCCGUACCUGCGAGUGGACCGCGUGCCGCUGGUACGCGACGACUUCCUGGACGAGUACCAGAUCACCGUCAAGGAAGGCCUGAGCGCGGCGACGACCACCACUGCCCGCCCCGCCGUCGCCUUCGUCGCCGUCGUCCUGGCCGUCUAUUACCACUACACUUAAAAAAAAAGGAAAAGGCUUACAGAUGGGCUUGAGGUGGAAGCGCUGUGUGCUCACGUUAGAACUAAAAAAAAAAUCGGUGGGUGUUUCUGUUACACUUAGACAUCAGUCCUUUCUGCUUAUGAGGCUGGAAAUAUCAGAGGGGAAAAUUAAAGGAGAAAAUAAAAGCAAGUGCAUCCACUGUAAA